AGGGGCCUGGCCGAGCCCCGGGCCGGCAGCCCCGCGUGCCUGCGGCCAAAGGGCACGGACAGGCGAAGACCGCCGUCCCCAUGGGGUGGACCUACCGGAAGAGGGGUGUUGGGACUCCGUCGGAUGGUGUCGCGGAUCCUCCCGGCGCCGCGCCUGUGCAGAGACAGGCGCGGCGCCCGCCCAGCCCUGUGGGUGUGGGGGUCGCCGUGAGUAGACGCGGAGCAGGGUUCUAACGCGGCCGAGGCCUAUUGAGUCACCACAGGCCCUGGCCUUCCCGCCCCGCAGCCCGAGGACCUGAUGAACAUGCAGCACUGCAAUCUCUUGUGCCUGCCCGAGAACUACCAGAUGAAGUACUACUUCUACCACGGCCUCUCCUGGCCCCAGCUCUCUUACAUCGCAGAGGAUGAGAACGGGAAGAUUGUGGGGUACGUCCUCGCCAAAAUGGAGGAGGACCCGGACGACGUGCCCCAUGGACAUAUCACCUCCCUGGCUGUGAAGCGUUCCCACCGGCGCCUCGGCCUGGCACAAAAGCUGAUGGACCAGGCCUCCCGGGCCAUGAUAGAGAACUUCAAUGCCAAAUACGUCUCCCUGCAUGUCAGGAAGAGUAACCGGGCCGCCCUGCACCUCUAUUCCAACACCCUCAACUUUCAGAUCAGCGAAGUGGAGCCCAAAUACUAUGCUGACGGGGAAGAUGCGUAUGCGAUGAAGCGGGACCUCACCCAGAUGGCUGACGAGCUGCGGCGGCACCUGGAGCUGAAGGAGAAGGGUAGGCACGUGGUACUGGGCUCCAUCGAGAACAAGGUGGAGAGUAGAGGCAACUCGCUUCCAAGCUCAGGAGAGGCCUGCCGUGAGGACAAGGGCCUGGCUGCUGAAGAUAGUGGUGGUGACAGCAAGGAUCUGAGCGAGGUCAGCGAGACCACAGAGAGCACCGACGUCAAGGACAGCUCAGAGGCCUCCGACUCCGCCUCCUAGAGCCUGCACUUGGCCCUCUCCCCACCCCGACCUGCCCGACCUGUCCUCGCCCUCCAGGUUUCACAAUAAACUUCACCCAGUGGCCCUGGGGA